GACCAACCAAGCAGAAAGAGACAGCCCGAAGCAGGGGCCGGCCAUCCAUUGACCUACUAACUACGCAAUCCAAUAUCCAAAUCCCGUACCCUGAACCAGAAGCAGCCGCGUCUUCUUCCUCCCAACCCCAUGUGGGGGAGGCUCAGCUAGGUGGCUUUUGCCCAGGUGAGCAGGAAACGACCCGUCCCGUGAAGAGAGCUUCGUGUCUUUCAUUUCAACUUCUCUUGGGUUGGUUUUGGAGAAGAAGGUUGAGCAGUUGGUUGGUCGGUUGUUGGCUUGAAAGAUCUUGCGAUUUCUGUCUGGCUGAUCGUCUCCAUGGGUGUGUGUUCUGGUCCUGGUGGCUUCCUUUCGUCGACCGUCCUUGUUUAGAUUGGUGCGUCUUUUGCAUUAGUAAUUGAUUGAUCCAGUAGGAUCUCAUCUUCAUUUGAAAAGUGCCAAUCUCUUUUGCCUCUUCUGAAACCCCGUUAGUUUUCUUCUUUUGACGCCUUCAAGGUUUCUCUCCCUCCCUCCUUCUGGUUGUACUAGAAUAAUGGCGCUGCUUUCUGCGCCUGGUCUUCUUCACAAUCCGUGCUUCCAAGAUCCGAGAGCUUGCCUUUACCGCCGUCUGAAACUGAUUACUAUAGUAGCUGAAGGCUGCACCUUUGAUGCUGUCAUGUUAUUGCAGAGCAGGAGGGGGUCAAAGCAGAAGAAGCGCGAUGCAGUGCUUCCGGUUCGCGAGCUGGGACAAGGAGCGGGACAAGGAGGAGCUGCAGGUGCCUGCACGGUCUCAGUCGGCGCGUUCCAACAGCAGCAUCUCCACGGACCAUGACGCACGGCGGUCGGGCUCAGAGUGCUGCUCGCUCACCGUCUCGUCCGAGAUCAGCGUCGAGUCCUUUGGCCGGUACCGGCAGCUGUCGCUGCCGCAGCGGCCCAACAAUGACCUCCGCAUCUUCACCUUCCAGGAGCUCAAGAGCGCCACCCGGAGCUUCAGCCGUGCACUCAUGAUCGGCGAGGGCGGUUUUGGCUGCGUCUACCGCGGCACCAUCCGGAGCACCCUCGAGCCGCACCGAAGCCUCGAUGUCGCCAUCAAGCAGCUCGGACGCAAAGGCCUCCAGGGACAUAAGGAAUGGGUGACCGAGGUGAACUUUCUUGGGGUGGUGGGUCAUCCCAACCUGAUGAAGCUCAUCGGCUACUGCGCAGAGGACGACGAGAGGGGGAUUCAGUUGCUGCUCGUCUACGAAUUCAUGCCUCACGGAAGCCUAGCUGAUCACCUGUCAACAAGAUCACCAAAGCCCGCUUCAUGGGCAAUGAGGCUGAGAGUAGCACUCGACACUGCUCGUGGUCUCAAGUACCUGCACGAAGAUUCCGAAUUCAAGAUAAUAUUCCGUGAUCUGAAGCCUUCAAACAUCCUGCUCGACGAGAACUGGAAAGCAAAACUGUCGGACUUCGGCUUGGCUAGACUGGGGCCGCAAGAGGGAAGCCAUGUUUCAACAGCGGUGGUGGGUACUAUAGGGUAUGCAGCUCCUGAGUAUAUCCAUACAGGACGCCUCAGCAGUAAGAAUGACAUAUGGAGCUAUGGAGUGGUUCUCUACGAGCUCCUCACAGGCCGGAGGCCUCUGGACCGGAACAGACCGAGGGGUGAACAGAACCUUGUGGAAUGGGUGAAGCCCUACUCCUCCGACACCAAGAAGUUUGAAACCAUAAUGGAUCCAAGGCUCGAAGGGAACUACAGCAUGAAGUCGGCAGUCAGGAUUGCCUCGCUGGCAAACAAGUGCCUGGUGCGCCAUGCAAGGUAUAGACCUAAGAUGAGCGAGGUGCUGGAGAUGGUGCAGAAGAUUGUCGAUAGCAAUGACCUUGGAACACCAGAGCAUCCCCUGAUAAGCCAUUCAAAAGAAUUGGCUAGUGAUGAGAAAAAAAGGAAAGGCCUUGAUCUGAAGAGGAGGAUCGCUGGUAUUAAAGCUGGAGAUGGUAGAUGGCUUACAUGGCACAAGUGGACACCCAAGCUUGUGAGAACACAAUGACUCAAAAUAUGGAUGAGAUGUUCCUCUUUAUGACUUUGACAUCCAGAGAUAUUAGCAAAAACAGCAACGGCUGAAAUGCCACUUGAGUUGCUGUUUACCAUACAAUUCAGAGAACAUGAUAACUAAAAACAGGAGAUUUGGCAAGCGGCAAGCCUAAUGCUAUCAUCACUAAAUAAUGGCUAUGCCUGGGUUUGUGAGGUCACGCACAGGCAGUGUCCACUUGCCACAUAGUUCGGCAUUACAUGUUUUCACAAGAGCUGGAAAAUCAAAACUGAAGAAGUCCUUUUUGAAGUAGAAAUAUUGGUGUACAGUUUAACAUGGAAUUCGCAUUUUUGCUGACUGAAUUUUGAAUUGUUUCUAGUGCCAAAUAAGAAUUUUAAGGAGGUGCAUGUAGCUUAUUGGUUCCUGUGUUUGCAAGAUUUGCACCCUGUAUGCAUCUCUCUGAUGAACUUAAUUAUUUUUCUGCACUGACACAGCUGAUAUGUAAAGUUCCCUUUUCAGUACUA